UUUAUGUGUGGAUGCUCGGCUUCUUGUCGACAGUAUCACUAAAGAAAGAGGAACUGUUUGCUUUGAUUGUAUUCUCCGAGACGCUCCAACCGACCGUAAACUAUUUCCUGAAAGCCUGAGUAGACAACCAUGUUGAAGUUAUUGGCUCUCCUCAUCGCGGUGGCGUGUGUCUCCGCUCUGGACAAUGGACUCGCGAGGACUCCACCUAUGGGCUGGUUGUCAUGGCAAAGGUUCCGCUGUAACAUCGACUGCAAGAAUGACCCAAAGAACUGCAUCAGCGAACGUCUGUACAUGGACAUGGCUGAUCGUAUGGCAGCAGACGGCUACAAAGAAGCGGGCUACGAGUAUGUGAACAUCGACGAUUGUUGGGCUCUCAAGGAACGAGAUCCCAAAACUCUGCAGCUGGUCCCAGACCCCGUGCGGUUCCCCAGCGGCAUGAAGAAGCUUGCCGAUUAUGUACACAGCAAAGGUCUCAAACUGGGCACCUAUGGGGACAUGGGCAUCUACACAUGUGGCGGUUACCCCGGCAGCAAGUUCACCAUGGAGACAGACGCCCGCACCUUCAGUGAGUGGGGGAUCGACUCCUUCAAGAUGGAUGGCUGCUACUCUACAACAGCUGAUUUCCCGACUGCGUACCCUAUCAUGGAGUUUUACCUGAACAAGACCGGCCGACCCAUCCUCUUCAGCUGUAGCUGGCCAGCAUACAUGCAGACCAAGGAUAUUAAUUAUCCUCUGAUCGCGGAGAAAUGUAACAUCUGGCGUAACUAUGACGACAUUGCCGACUCGUGGGACAGCGUGAAGACCAUCAUCAAGUUCUACGGAGACAACAAAGGCAACUUUAGCGCCGUCGCUGGGCCGGGGAACUUUAACGAUCCCGAUAUGAUCAUCGUGGGCAACCGCGGGUUGAGCUACUCGGAGGAGCAGGCACAGAUGGCGCUGUGGGCCAUGAUGGCCGCCCCGCUGUUCAUCUCGUCAGACCUGCGGUCCAUCAGCAACGAGUCUCGCGACCUCCUCCUCCACAAGGGCGUCAUCGCCAUCAAUCAGGACAAGCUGGGCAUCAUGGGACAGAGAGUCUUUGCGGUGAGCAACAUCCAAGUGUGGACACGCCCCGUCCUGCCCGCGGGGAGCUACGCGCUGGCAAUUCUCAACGAGAAUGAUGGAGGGUCUGGAACCACGGUCAAGUUCUACCUCUCUAACCUGGCCAUUUCGAGCAAGUCAUCUUUCAAGUUGACGGAGAUAUUUCAAGGCAAAGAUAUGGGUGUGUUCAACUCAACCACAGAAUUUGCCAUCGAUGUCGACGUAUCCAGUGUGUUUUUCGGAAAGCUCACCCCUGUGUCCUAAAUAUAGACGUGCAAGUUGUUAUGUUUGAAGCUGACACAUUCGUACUGUUUUUAUAUGUGUAAUAUAUAUAUAUUUAGUUAUAUAAUGUAUAGAUCUAUCAGGGAGUGACAAGAUGAGAAUUUGGUAGUGGUGAAAAAGUAAAUUUUUAUGCAUCUGUUUAUAUUUGUCAGAAGACUUGAAUGAUGCUCAUCAGUUAAAAAGAUCGUUUUAUAUCUUUAAAUACAGAUAACUGUACUUUACUGGAUGUUUUUAGAGCAUUUUUUAAUUUGCUGGUGUGUUGGAAAUGACUUGAGUCAGUAUAUAAGCUUCUCUGACUCAUAGAAAUAUAUAUUUUAUCUAUCAGCUGCUGACUUUUGAGUUUUAACUUGUCUUGGUAUUUCUAAAGCCCUGAAUUUUGAUCUUGGCAAACUUUAGUCGUUUAGUGGAAAGGUCAGAUAAAGUACUUUUAUUGGGUAAUACUUUUACCUAUAAUCCUGUUUUCAUGGACUUGAUGUUUCCUUGCCAUCUUUCCUGUGCUUAUUUUCACAUUUGCUUGUGUAUAAAGUGUCUGAAAAUAUUUUUCAUCAUGGACUGAGAGCUGUCAUUGUUGAAUACACAAUUUGAUUGUGUGAACAUGUUUUGUCUGACUGUUCUUCUCAGUCACUUUCUGUGCUUUGCCAAGCGAGUGGAUCUUUCUGAUAGCCAUUGAGUGGUCACCGAGUGAAAAUUCUAUUCAUGCAACUGACAAAUCAUCAUAGUGGGCGAAUAUUGUGUGAGUGUGGAAGAAAGAUACAUUUUUUUUUUCUUUUUUGAAAAGAGUUUUAUGGCGCUCGCAGCUGCAUAUGGUCAUACGAGCUUGAGAAAAAGUUAGAGAAUCCGUUCUCAGUUACAGUACUUACAAGUCAUGUGGCCUGCAUAGUCUAUAAGUGUGACCCCGUGACCCGUUCUUUGUGUGUGAGAGAAAGUGGACGUGUCACUGACCUGGUCUGUAGUCCACUCAGCGUUAUUGAUCUUUCAUUUUACCCCCAACAUUAUCGCGAUAAUUGGACAGCUAAGAUUUCAAUAAUUAUAAUAUCUGGAGAGACUGAAACAGCUGAUACACUUUCCCUUCCGUCUUGGCCUGUGACACAGAUGUUGUUCAUUGAUAGUCAAGAGAGAGUGGUUGAUGGGGCGGGGGGCUUUUGCAGCUGAUAUUUAAAUAUUGAUUGAGUAUGGUUUAUGUUUUUCUUUGUUGCUAUAACUUUUGCUAAGAAAUUUGUGGAUUUUGGGUACGGUAAUGAUUGGUUGUCUUGUUGUUUACAUAUGCUGAAAACUUCCAUGAUGAUUUUGUGUAUGUCCUACCUUCAGAGGUAUGUGGAGAAAAGAAAGAUGGAAUUGCUAUGUGAUGGUAUUGUGCUUGCUGUUCUUUAUUGAUCCCCUCUUUCAUGCGGAUGAACAAACUGUGAUUCGUCUCUGAGUGUAUAGAAAUAUACAGACUUCCAAUUGCCAUACUGUGUGUUUGUCAGUUCAGGUGUAACUUUGUUUGUUCCAAGAAGAAAAUGAUAUGUAAAUUCGGGUUUCAGGGUCUUUAAGUUUAAUCAUAAGGAAUAAAUAAAGUUGAGAAAAGAAUGAA